AUGUGGUGUCCAAGAUUCCUGCAUCAGGCGGUUAGAUGCUUGUCACGCUGCGCUGCCAGCAGACAGGCAGGUGUGCUGUUUGAUGUGGACGGCGUGCUGGUCCGUGGCGGCUCGCUGAUCCCGGCGGCUCGGCGAGCGUUCAGGAAGCUUCUGGACCGGAACAACAACUUCAUGUUUCCGGUCGUCUUUGUCACCAACGCAGGAAGCUGCCAGAGAGAAGACAAGGCCAAACACCUGUCUCACCUGCUGGAUGUUCAGAUCGCUCCGGAGCAGGUGGUUCUUUCCCACAGUCCUUUGCAGAUGUUGAAGAGUUUCCAUCAGAAGUGUGUGCUGGUGUCGGGACAGGGACCGCUGACCGACAUCACCAGGACUUUGGGUUUUCAGAAGGUUGUGAGCAUCGAGCAGCUCAGAGAUCAUCACCCCCUGCUGGACAUGGUGGACCACAACAGGAGGCCCAAACUGCCUGCAUCUCCUCUGCAGAAUUUUCCCCAAAUAGAAGCAAUCGUGCUGUUCGGGGAGCCAAUCAGAUGGGAGACCAACCUGCAGUUGCUAAUGGACGUCCUGCUGACCAAUGGGAGACCUGCUUCAGCUUAUGACCCGCAGCUGCCGGCUCAGCUGCCGGUGCUGGCCUGCAACAUUGACCUGAUGUGGAUGGCUGAGGCACCGUCACCACGAUUUGGUCACGGGAUGUUCCUGCUGUGUCUGGAGUCUGUGUACAGAAAGCUGACGGGGCGGGAGCUGCAGUACCAGGCGCUGCUGGGAAAACCCAGUCUGCUCACAUACCAGUAUGCCGAGCACCUGCUGAGGCUGCAGAACCACAACCACAAACUGACCACCAUCUACGCUGUCGGUGACAACUUGAUGACAGACAUCUACGGUGCCAACCUGUACAACCGCUACCUGGCUCAGCAGCAUGCUGCUAUGACGACCAAUACCAAGCUUGUUGCCCAGGGAACGGGGAGUCAGGUGACGAUGGCGGUGCCGGAGGCGGAGCUGGUGUCUGCUGCUGCUGAGUGUCGCUCCAUAUUGGUGUGCACAGGUGUCUACAACCCUCGCUCCCCGUUGCCUAGCGACCAGAGCAGCGAUGUCGCAGAGACGGUGUUCCAUGGACACAGGGACCUGGUCCUGGAGCCGGACCUGGUGGAGCCGAGCCAUGUGGUGGAGGACGUGGAGGCUGCCGUCGACCUGCUGCUACAGCAGGAGACUCUGUGACCUUUGACCUCUGAUGCACCUCCCCCGAUCAGGAGAUUCAAAAUUGUGACCUCUGACCUCAAACAUCUUUGUCUACUGAAGCUGCAGUUUUAUAUUUUUUUUAUAGAUUUUUAAUCCUUUAACAUAAACUAGUACGCUCACUAAUCUGAACCUGUUGAUGCUCUGAACAUCUGAUCUGAUACAGAAAUAAAAACACUGGUGAUUUUAUGAUUUAACGGUAAACAUC